AUGGCCGCCGCCGGGCAGGGAAUGUUGCUGCUGGUGGCCCUCUGUCUGUUCGCGUCGGUCGCAAGUGUCGAUCGAAACAAUUUCAAAACCUGCGAGCAGAGCAGCUUUUGUCGCCGGCUGCGCUCACUGGAACCGCAGACGAGCGAGUUCGAGGUGCUGCCCCAGUCCCUGCAGCAGUUCAAGCAGUACAUUACGCUGACGCUCGUGCACCAGCGCACCCGGCAUGAGUACGUGCUGAAGCUGGCCUGCCUGAAGGGGGCCGGCUCGUUCCACAUGCAGGUGGACGAGCGGGAGCCGCUGAGCGUGCGGUACCGGGUGCAGGAGGCGCUCGUCCAGGAGCCGCAGUACGCAUCGACCAAGGUGGAGAGCACGUCCGGCACGCUGAUCAUGGUGGCGUGCGGCGAGGCGCCCGACGUGAAGGCAGCCAUCCAGGUCGCCCCCUUCAAGGUGGACUUCUUCCAGCAGGGCAGGCUGGUGGUGACGGCCAACGGCAAGGGCAUGAUGCGGUUCGAGCAUUUGCGCCGCAAACCGGAACCAAAGACCGAGCAGCAGCUGCAGGAGGAGGCGGCGGCCGACCGCGGCGAGCAGAAGGAGGACGGCGGUGAGCAGCAGGCUGAGCCGGCCGCACCGGCCGACGACGAUCCGGGCGCGUGGGAGGAAAACUUUAAAUCGCACCACGACUCGAAGCCGAAGGGCCCGGAGGGGCUGGCGCUCGACUUUACCUUCCCGCAGGCGAAGGUGCUGUUCGGCGUGCCGGAGCAUGCGGACUCGUUUGCGCUGCGGCACACCGCCACCAAGGGCACGGAUCCGUACCGGCUGUACAAUCUGGACGUGUUCGAGUACGAGCUGAACAACGGGAUGGCGCUGUACGGCUCGGUGCCGGUGGUGUACGGGCAUGGCGAGACGGCGACGGCCGGCGUCUUCUGGCUGAACGCGGCCGAAACGUGGGUGGACGUUUUCAGCGCGAACCGGGACACGGACGUGGUGUCGUCGCUGGUGAACCUGGUGUCGUGGAACAGCCAGACGGAACCGCCGGCCGCCAACUUCAUCUCGGAGAGCGGCAUCAUGGACGUGUUUGUGCUGCUCGGGCCCGGCCCGAUCGAUGCGUUCCGCCAGUACACGGAACUGACCGGGAAGGGGCCGCUGCCGCAGCUGUACGCGAUCGCGUACCACCAGUGCCGCUGGAACUACAACGACGAGCGGGACGUGGAGAUGGUGUCGGCCAAGUUCGACGAGUACGACAUCCCGAUGGACACGAUGUGGCUGGACAUCGAGUACACGGACGGCAAGCGGUACUUCACCUGGGACCAUCACAAGUUCCCCCAUCCGGUCGAGAUGAUCCGCAACCUGACCGGGCUCGGGCGCCACCUGACGAUCAUCAUCGAUCCGCACAUCAAGCGGGACGGCGGCUACUUCUUCCACAACGAGUGCACCGACAAGGGCCUGUACGUGAAGAACAAGGAUGGCGGCGACUACGAAGGCUGGUGCUGGCCCGGCUCGGCCAGCUAUGUGGACUUCUUCAACCCGGACGCCCGGCGCCACUACGCCGACCAGUAUCUGCUGACGAACUUCCGCGAGCAGGCGGACACGGUCGGCAUCUGGAACGACAUGAACGAGCCGUCCGUCUUUAACGGGCCGGAGGUGACGAUGCUGAAGGACAACCUGCACCACGGCGGGCUGGAGCACCGGGACGUGCACAACCUGUACGGGCACAUGCAGCUGGUCGCCACGUUCGACGGGUUGCUGCGGCGGGGCGAAGGGCGCCUGCGUCCGUUCAUUCUGACCCGGUCGCACUUUGCCGGCAGCCAGCGGUACGCGGCGGUCUGGACCGGCGACAACAUGGCCGAGUGGGGCCACCUGCAGGCCUCGAUCAAGAUGUGCCUGUCGCUGGCGGUCGCCGGCAUCAGCUUCUGCGGUGCGGACGUCGGCGGCUUCUUCGGCAACCCGGACGGCGAGCUGUUCUCGCGCUGGUAUCAAACGGGCGCGUUCCAGCCGUUCUUCCGCUCGCACGCCCACAUCGACACGAAGCGGCGCGAACCGUGGCUGUUCCCGGAGGACGUGCGGCUCGUGAUACGGGACGCGAUCCGGAAGCGCUACCGGCUGCUGCCGUUCUGGUACACCGCGUUCUACGAGCACGAGCGGCGCGGCCUGCCGAUCAUGCGGCCGCUGCUCGCCCACUAUCCGGCGGACGUGAACGCGUUCGCGAUCGACCAUCAGUACCUGCUCGGCGACCAGCUGCUGGUCGCGCCCGUGCUCGACCAGAAGCAGCAGCGCAGCCGCGACGUGUACUUCCCGGUGCGGGCGGACGGCCAGGGCGACUGGUGGUACGAUUGGGACACGCAGCAAAAGCACACCGGCACCGGCGUGGAGGCGAUCCCGGUCGACAGCUACAAGGUGCCGGUGUUCCAGCGCGGCGGCACCAUCAUCCCGACCAAGGAGCGGAUCCGCCGGGCGUCCACGCUGAUGCGCCACGAUCCGUACACGCUGACGGUGGCGCUGGACCGGGAGGGCCGGGCCAAGGGCACACUCUACAUCGACGACGAGGAGAGCUACGAGUACCGGCACGGUCACUACCUGUACCUGGAGUUUGAAUUCCGUGACGGUGUCCUCAGCAGCCGGAAAAUCGACACGACAGCCAGCUACAAGACGGACACGUGGCUCGAGCGGGUGGUUAUCGCCGGGCUCGGCAAGCAGCCGACGGCGGCCACGCUCUACACUGACGCGUCCGGCGCUGCCAGCGGUCGGUUGCAUCUCGAGCGGGACGGUGACGUCGUGACCGUGCGCAAACCGGGCGUCUCCAUGCGCGAUGCCUGGUCGAUUCGGCUCGAUUUCUAA